AUGUUAGCUAAAAAUUGUCUAGGAACCAGAUUGGUGAGUCCCAAACUUUUGCGAACAUCAUUGAGGAGCUUCCAUCCAUCUGUAGUAAAAUUUCAGCAGCAGUCGCAGCCUAAUUCAAAAGAGCCUAAUAUUGAACCAAAAAGAAGACCAUUGAGUAGAGUUGCCAUUGGUGGCUCAAAGGAGUCAACAAACAAGUACUAUAACAAGGGAAGCGGGUUAGAGUUUGCUACUUGGAAAGCGGUGGUGUUACUUUUCGUUGUUGGUGGUAUAGGAACAUAUUUCUUCCAGAAGGAAAAAACAAGAUUGCACGUACUUCGAGAAAUGGAACAAAAUCGUAAAAUUGGAAAGCCGUUGAUAGGAGGUCCUUUUACUUUGCAAGAUACAAAGGGAGAGAAAUUUACCAAUGAAAAUUUAGUUGAUCCCAGGGGUAAAAGAUUUUCCAUCUUGUAUUUCGGGUUUUCUCAUUGCCCAGAUGUUUGUCCUGAGGAGUUGGACAAGUUGGGCGAUAUGUUGGACAUAUUGAGGAAGAAUAAUAUCGAAAUACAACCUGUGUUUAUUACAUGUGAUCCAGCAAGAGAUACUCCGGAAGUUUUGAGCAAGUAUUUGGAAGAUUUUGAUCCAAGUAUAAUUGGUUUAACCGGAACAUAUGAUCAAGUGAAGAAUGUAUGUAAAAAAUAUCGUGUUUACUUCUCAACGCCUCCAGACGUGAAACCAGGCCAAGACUAUUUAGUUGACCACUCGAUAUUUUUUUACGUUUUAGAUCCAGAGGGUAAUUUUGUUGAUGUGAUUGGAAGAGAGGCCGGUGCGAUUGAAAGUGCCGAAAAGAUUACAAAGAAUGCAGCAGCUUUUAUUCCAACAAAGGAAAUCGAAGCUAGACAAAAGAGUUGGUUGGGAUUCCUUUAUAAGUAA